UGGAGUUGAUAACUUUGUAGGAGGACGGCCAUGUUAAUCUACAGGGGCAACAAACCCAGAGGAAUCUGGUAGCCCACUUUCCAACUAACAGAAUUUAUUAAAAGCAUCCAGCUUUCGUGAGCUGCAGGUCAUUUCAUUGUAUGCACAGUGAGAUAAGAGUUGGAAGACAUUUAAUCCAUGUCUCCCUGUUCUGCUUCUCUUGCCAUGUUAAAGCAAAUAGCAGAAUAGCUUGAGUUGGAAGGGCCCUUGGGGGUCUUCUAGUCCAACCCCCUGCCCGAGCAGGAGACCCUAUAGCAUCUCAGACAAACGUUUGUCCAAUCUCUUCUUAAAAUCCUGCAAGUGAUGGAGCACCCACAACUUCUGAAACAAGCCCUUCCAUUGAUCAAUUGCUCUAACUGUCAGGAAAGAAGCACAGGCAAAAAGGUGUGAAUGUGAACAGCAAGAAACAGGGUAGACAAGAAAACAGGGGCACUAUUGGCAGUGGUGGAGGAAACGGGGGGUUCUUGCUCAUGGUUGUGUGAAGCCAUAAACUGCCUUAAUCAAUACUUUGCCCAGGUAGGAGGGCAAGAGGUCUGGUGAGGAUUUUGAUGGCCGUCUUUCUUCCAGGCUCAGAGCUUCAUAAGCCAUGUUGUGGCUGUCAUCCCUGCUUUUGAUGGUUGCCUGCUUUCCCCUGGCUGCAAACUCUGAAGUGGUGCAAGACUUCAAGAAUUGCCUUGAGUUCUUUUUGGAUAAGUCGCCACCCGGAGAUGCUCUGACGCCGGCCGACCCUGUGAGGAUUUGCCAGUUUUACAACAACGCCUACCGUUUUGCCACCAUGUAUGACCGAGAGAAGCGCAUCCCCAUAUACUCUGCUUACAAAUGCAAACCCGGACAUGGUCCCAGAUAUCGAGGUUGGAUGAUUGAGCCUCAGCUGGUAGAUCCCACUUUAGGCAAGAGCAUGGAGGACGAGCGUCAAGCCAACGUUCCUGCCGAUAUGAUAAAGAAGAGCCAGGCCAUUUUUGAGGAUUACACCCAGUGUUUAAGUAUUGAAAAGGGACACUUGAACCCGGUGGGCCAUCAGCCUGACGAAGACAGUCGAGCUGCCACUUCCACGUUGACUAACAUCGUGCCCCAGUUCAGCAAACUCAACCAAGAUUCCUGGGCAAACUAUGAGAACCGUAUCCGAAAGGAAGCUCAGGCCUGCCUUGACAUGUAUGUCAUUGCGGGCGUUGUCCCAGGGAAGGAGUAUCUCUCGGAACACCGAAUCAAUAAACCCAGCCACAUCUGGUCCGCAGCCUGCUGUGUGAAGGAUCAGAAGAAGAGGGCUUCAUGGGCGGCCAUUGCAAAAAACAGUGAGAAUGAAGUCAAAGAAUGGAGCUUGGAGAAACUACAGAAAAUUCUCGCUGACCUCUAUGGGCGGGAGAAAAUUGAUCUGUUCAACGGCUCCUGUUAAGAGAUACCCAACUGGACCAGGGGCGUGCAUGGGUGGGUGGGGGGUAGCAACAAAUUCAAGAUGAUAGCUGUGACAAUACCGGGUUUUUUUUACACCGAAGUAGUCCAAAUGCAGACCUCUUUAAUAGCGUAGGAGUAAAUCUCUGUCCUUAAUUAGCCACUGUUCUGUAGGAGAACCAGCAGGCAGAGCUGAGGGUGGUGGACUGAAGCAAGUCAUCAGCCUAGAGUCAUGUUCCCACGAACGGUCCAAGUCCACCCCCCAAUUCUGUUGACCCUUUCUAGCGCCAAUUUUAGAGUUGAACUUUAGUCAACUUUAUUCUCGUGUGUGCGCCUCGUGUGUGCAAUAAAUAUUCUGAACUGCAACUUGA